GUUUUAUCUCUGGGAGCACAUUUUUGAAGACACACUCGAUCCCACUGAUGUGACUGCUCAGUGGAGAGAAGGACAGUCAAUUGUAGGAAGAACACAUUACAGCUUCAUCACUGGUCCAUCUGUAGUUCCAGGAUACUUCUCCAUUGACGUGAAUAAUGUGGUUCUUGUUUUAAAUGGAAGAGAAAAAGAAAAGAUUGUCCCUGCCACCUAGUGGUUACUUUGUGCACAGAAUUUAGUGGAAAUUCAAAAACUGCAGCAUCUUGCCGUUGUUUUGCUCAGAAAUGAACAUUGUGAUAAUGACUAGAUAAUGCGAUUCCUCAGUAGAAAUGGAGGCUUUGUGGACCUGCUUUUCAUAACAUACGACAGGCCCUGGAUUAAUGAUGUGGAUGUUUUUCAGUGGGCUUUAGUUGUAGCAACAUAUAGGAAGUUUCCUGUGGUGGAAGCCACUUGGUCAAUGCUGAAUGAUGAGAGACCCUAUCUAUGUAAUUUCUUAGGAACUGUUUAUGAAAAUUCAUCAAGACAGACACUAAUGAACAUUUUGAAACAAGACAGGAAGCAUAAGCUUUGUUGGGUUUCUGCAAGAGAACAAUAA